AUGAGCAUUGAGACGCUGCUGGAGGCCGCCCGCUUCCUGGAGUGGCAAGCCCAGCAGCAGCAGCAGGCGCCGCGCGAGGAGAAUGAGAAGCACGAAAAGCUUCUCCUGGAGUGUGAACAGGAGCAGAAGAAGACCAGUGUGCAGAGGAUUAACCAUGCCGUUCACCCCGAGGAGCCCCGCAAUGAACUCCCAGCAGUCCCCUUGUCUCCUCCAGCUCCUCCUCCUCCCCCUCCACUUGCAGCCCCCAUCUCCGUCAUUCCCAUCCCUGUGGUUGCCAGCCCCCCACAACAGGUGGCCCAGAGUGCCCUGUCCCCUCCUCUCAUCCCGCGCCACCAGCCCCUCGUCACCACCACAGGCCUCAGCAAGGAAGCAGCCCUGGUGGCACCUGUGAUCCAGAGGACGUCUGGCCCGCUCCUGCCUGACAUCAAGGCCCCCGCACCCCAUUCCGGGAGCCCUAAGCAGCUCCCCCACUAUGCCGCCCCCGUCCUGGCCAUCUCCCAGCACCACAUGGUCCAGCACCCCAUCCAGCCACAGCCACCUCCGCACCAGCCACUGCAGCAGCAUCCGGUGGCCCCCCAGUCACUUGGCACUCUGAAGCUGGCUCCCUCGGAGGAUGCCAAACCCAGCGAGCAAAAGAAAAGACCUGGCGGGGUUGGCACUCGGGAGGUCCAUAAUAAAUUGGAGAAGAACAGACGUGCCCAUCUGAAAGAAUGCUUUGAGACUCUGAAACGCAACAUUCCCAACAUUGAUGACAAGAAAACUUCUAACCUCAGCGUCCUACGGAGUGCCUUGAGAUAUAUCCAGACCUUGAAGCGUAAGGAGAAGGAAUAUGAGCAUGAGAUGGAGCGGCUGGCCCGAGAGAAGAUCGCCACGCAGCAGCGGCUUGAGGAGCUGAAGAAUGAGCUGAGCCAACGGAUGGACAUCACAGAGAUCGAGCGCAUCAUCCGGCAGACGGUCCAGCCAGAGGACGAUCAAGCGUCUACCUCCACUGCUUCAGAGGGUGAAGACAACAUAGAUGAGGACAUGGAAGAGGACCAGCCAGUGAAUUCGUUGCCAAAGCUUGCUCAUCGGCAGCACUCUGAGCUUUUGAAGCCUCUGCCCCCGAAUGCUGCUUCCUACCACCCACCGGUGCUGCCUCUCCCCCAGAAGCACACCCCACCCCACACGCAGCCCCCCCUCCAGCCUCAAGCACUGGUCCAGCCCCAGGCCAUCGUCCCGGCACAAACUCACCUGGUGGCCGCCUCCACGGUGCAAUCGACUGUUAUCGCCCACACGGCCACCACCCACGCCUCCGUCAUCCAGACUGUCAACCACGUCCUCCAGGGCCCCCAGCCCAAGCACAUCGCGCACAUUGCACCGUCCACCUCCAGCCCGGUCCAGCUGACCACCACGGCUCAGCCCAUCGGCCACAUCACUGUGCACCCGGCAACCCUCAACCACGUGGCCCACCUGGGCCAGCAGCUCCCCCUCUAUUCGCAGUCUGUGGCCGUCAGCCAGCCAGUGGUCAGCCACAUCGCCCACACCAUUUCUCACCAGCAAGUGAACGGAACCACAAGCCUUGGCCAGCCAGCAGUCAUGGCCAAGCCUGCUGCUGUAGGAACCCCGGUGGUCCACCACCAACAGUUGGUGGGGCAGACGGUCUUGAACCCGGUAACUAUGGUCACCAUGCCUUCUUUCCCGGUAAGCACCUUGAAGCUGGCCUGAGAGAGCAACGGGGAGCUCCAGCCCAAACUCCAUACAUUCCAAGCGCGCCCCGUUCCAGAGGAGGAGGAGAGAGCCACAGCGGGUGCGGGAACUUUGCUGUGAGAAUCGUGCAAAAGACUGGGUGGGAUGGGGCACUGGCAAAAAAUUAAAAAUUACCCCCCCCCCCCACACACACACACACUUUUCCUUCUUUCCAUUUAUCUAAGCAACCCGGUAACUGAGAAAUCGGGUCAGCUUUGCACUUGAAACCUUCCCUCCCAAUCAGAGAAAAUGUUUAAUGGUCCUUCAUAGUGAUUAUUAACCCCCCCACUUUUUACAUGUAAUCAAGGAGAUACGACUUAUAACGUCCUUAAGACUUUUUAAUUUCUCUUUUCCACAUCCCCCACCCUUUUUUUUGACGUGUCGCUUCUUUGUAGGAUUUUUUAAAUAAAAAUGGCUGAUCUCUUUAUUGAGACUCUGCAUAGAGUAAGAAAAAAAGAAAAUCAUAGAAUAUAAAUAUAUAUAUAAAUAUAUAUAUUUAUAUAUAUCUACCUGCCUAUAGCUACAUAUAUAUAUAUAAAUAUGGUUAUCAGUGAAGGCCAUUGAUACAGGUGGAUUCUUUGCAGGAAUAUUAGACACUCUUUCCUUUGGACUAAGAAGACAGAGCAUCCUUUUAAAAUCAGAAUCUUCAAAGACAGAUGGUUUGGCGGACCAGGGUAAAACCAUAUUUUAAAAACAGGAGCAUAACAUGUUACGGUAUUUCCUUUCAGUAUAUUUGCAUUUCAGUAAACCAUCUAUAAUCACUGUGACUUGUUAUGGCAUUUUAAAGAAAUCCUCUGUCUAAUAAAAGGAGAAGAAAAAAAAGUGGCA